GUUCGUAGUCAACGUUAACUAAAGUGACACAUUUGACAUUUAAUAGGUCGUUGUACCAAAGAGUGGGUAGAAACUGUAGUACUGGAUUUAUGUUUCCUCGGUGAAGCUUUCAGUUCUUUUUUUCCGUUUUUUAAGGGAAAAAAAGUGAGAAACACCCGGAAGAAGAAAAACAAAAAAUUGAAAAAUGGUGCGAAAGCCAACCAGAAAUCGAGCUCCGUCUCCUGAUCCAGACGGAAUAUUCCAGGGAAUGGUCGUUUUCUUGGUCGAAGAUGGUGUUAAGUCACGUCGAUUGCAGAUUUGGAAGCAAAAGCUGGUGCAAAUGGGAGCUAUAUUUGAGCAGCGCUUGUCAAAGAACGUGACUCAUGUGUUUGCUAUGGACUCAAGUGCUCUUCUUGGGAAAGUUAGCAGAGAACACUUGUCUGGCUUUAAAGGACGUGUUUUAAAUUAUCAAUGGCUAGAGGAUAGCCUGAGAUUGGGGGAAAAAGCUUCAGAGGAUUUAUAUGUUAUAAAGAUGGAUUUGGAGGGAGAGAAUCCGAUAGAUUGGUCUUCCGUUUCUGAGCCAGCCAGGGGAAGCACUCUUACCAGUGAAGAACCAUCACCUUCUAAGAAGAUUAGACCCUCACCUGAGGAUGUAAAAGGUUGUUUCACAGAAAGCAGUGGAGAAAGUAAACCUCCAUACGAAUCACCAAAUACUUCCAGAGGUUCUGAUGGCUCACCUUAUUCUCCAAGCCUUACAGACAGCAGUCCAAAUAAGAAUUCAGCCUUGCUAUACAAUCCACCUGAUCUAAACAGAAACAUCACCGAGAUAUUUGGAAAACUCAUGAAUAUAUACAGGGCAUUGGGUGAUGAUAGGAGAUCAUUUAGCUAUUACAAGGCUAUUCCAGUCAUUGAGAAGUUGCCAUUUAAGAUUGAAAGUGUCGAUCAGGUCAAAAACCUGGCUGGAAUUGGGAAGUCCAUGCAAGAUCAUGUAAGUGAGCAUGUUGACUUGCUUUCUUGGUUUCAUAUGUUGGAUAGAACAGAACGAGAGCAUAUAAUGAUGCAAUUGACAGGUUCUUGCUUUUGUAAAUGUGCAUUUGAACUGCUACUUAGUAGGACUCUUCUACCCUGGUUUUGCUUAUUCUUUGAUAGAGCAUGUGUACGGUCAAUCAAUUUAUUUGGGGAAGUUUGGGGUAUUGGUCCUGCAACUGCAUUGAAACUAUAUGAGAAGGGACACCGCACACUUGUGGAUUUGAAGAAUGAAAAUACAUUAACAAAUGCACAGAAGUUGGGACUGAAAUAUUUUGAUGAUAUUCAAACAAGGAUUCCACGUCAUGAGGUUCAAGACAUGGAACUUCUGCUACAAAAAGUUGGAGAAGAAACUUUGCCAGGGGUGGUUAUUCUUUGUGGGGGAUCAUAUAGACGUGGGAAAGCUUCUUGUGGAGAUUUGGACAUUGUAAUUACUCAUCCUGAUGGAAAAAGCCAUAAAGGAUUUUUGCAAACAUAUGUGAAGCGAUUAAAGGAUAUGAAGUUCUUGAGGGAAGAUUUGGUUUUCAGUGUUCAUAGUGAGGAGGGUACUGAUUCAGGUGUUGACACAUAUUUUGGUCUGUGCACAUAUCCGGGACGUGAGCUGCGACACCGUAUUGAUUUCAAGGUAUAUCCAAGGGACAUUUAUGCAUUUGGACUAAUUGCAUGGACUGGGAAUGACGUAUUAAAUAGGAGGUUGAGACUGCUAGCUGAAUCAAAAGGGUUCCGACUUGAUGAUACAGGGCUUUUUCCUGCUACUCAUGGUUCAGGGGGUAAACGGGGAGGAAAAGGCAGUGCAAAUUUGAAAUUUGAUACUGAGAAAGAGGUGUUUGAUUUCCUCGGUUUUCCUUGGCUUGAGCCACAUGAAAGGAAUCUCUGAGGUUUAGAGUUUCUGUAACAUCUGUACAUGAACACACCAAAGGUCAGAUUCUAUACUUGGGUAGAGUAGGUGAAACGGGAAACUAUGCUCACUAUAGUCCUAUUUUGGUCACAUAGACACCAGUUGGUCUCAUGCUGAGCUUUUGAGCCUCUAGAUUUGUCUAGCACCAAGUCCCUUGCUUUAAGUUUAUAUUGUAUAUAAGGUGUAAAUAUUGUCUUUGUUGAGAGUGAUUGUCCUGCACCUUUGUGGUUGUGAAUAAAUCUGGAGCUAUACCACUGCAAGUAUCGCUUACUAAUCUGGUCUUCAUGGACUCAUAUAACGAGAAGACAAAUGGCAGAGAGGAAGCACGGCGAGAAACAAAGAAGAACAAUUCAGUUUCUUUCUUUUCUGCCAUGCCUUCCUGAUCGAUUACACAGGUAUGGUUCCAUUACAAUUUAUCAACCUAGCUAACAACUGAUAUAUCAAUUAGGUUUUAUUGAUUCUGUUAUUUCCCUCCCCUUUUUACACAUGACCUGGACAUGCCGUUGUGUGAUGUAAAUUUUGAGCGGAGGCAAACAUGAGAGUGUCGAUACCAGCGUCCUUGGCAAACUGCAAUGCUUAUUCUUCAGUUAUAUGAAAACUUGGUUAAAUUUUGAAGCAGGACGAUGCCAAAUGUAGUAAGAGUUGUAUAAAUUUUCAUGUACAUUUUACCAAAA